UAUAUCUUCAACAUAUAUAUACCCAAACACCUCUCAUUUGGGUUUGUUGAAAGGGUUUCAAGAGAAACCCUAGCAGCCUCACCCAUCUCCUCUCUUUCUUCGGUCAUCAACACCCAAAAAUGGCAAGUUCUUCAUGAGUUUUGCUUUGUACAGACCAUGCACGGUCAUUUUGGUAAAGCAAUUAAUGAUUCACCUUCUCUCCACCACACAGCCACCAGGAAAGGUAAAACCCUCAUCCUCUAUCUUCUGUUGCGUUUUCUGCUCAAACAAGGACUAGUUCCUUAAUGAAUUUUGUCUUGUUGCUUGCUAAAAGUCACGAUUUCUAAUGGUUUUCAAAGUUCCACAAAGAUUCAAGAAGUAUCAUUCAAAAAAAAAAAAAAAAACCUUAGUCCUAUAUCAUCUGUUGACAAAUAAUUUGGGGUUCUAUAUAACGAACCCUAUUUCUACUAUUUUAUAGACAGAGACACAUCAUAACCAGUCGAAAAAACCCAAAUUUUGAGUUUUAGAAAGGAUCCUACUAGAAUUAGAACACUUUGCCUAUUUUCUCUAAUUUGGGACUUAGUCUAAAGUUUUUUCUUUCUUUUGUGGCUGAGUACGAGUGUGAAAGAGAUUGAGAUCCCCAAAUCCAUUCUCGACAAGGGUUGCUCUUAGAAAAGAUGGUGACAACACGGAAAGCAGCGGUAGGUGGUCAGGGUCUAGCACCAGCUCCCAUACCUGCUCCCCGAGUCGUUAGGGGAGGUAGGGCACGUGGUAUAGGUUGAGGCUUUUCUAGAGCCCGUGUUGCUAGAGCGCCCACAACUACUCAUGACCUGUUUGUGAUGCGUCUCAGGAGCCAGUCAGCGGUGACCAGGUUGAGGGUGAGAUACCCGUAGAGGUACCCACUUCACCCGCCUGCAGCGUUCGCUAGAAUACCAUAGCCCGUCUUUUGAGUUACUUUGAUUAGAUGUCUUAAGCAGGCAUGAUAUCAGCACUUUCUGAAGGAUCCUGGACUCGGGUAGGAGCACAUACUCUCGAGCAGGUAGCCGCAUGUUUCAGGACUUCAGGAGUGCAGCCAGCCGCCGAUGUGGCUCCUCAGGCUCUUCGAGCCCUAGUUGUAGGUGUUCCUACUCCGGGUAUAAAUCUUUGGGGUAUUGUUGCACGGCCAAGGGUUCCGCCUACUAUGACUGUUGAUGAGCAGAAGAAGUGGGACAAGUUUGACAAGAUGAAGCCGCAGACUUAUGAUCGACAUCUUGAUGCCGAUGCUUAUGAGUUCUUGGUUAGUUUCCAUGAGAGGUUAGAUACCCUGGGACCAGUGGAGUCUAAUGGUGUGGGGUUUGUGGAGAUGCAGAUCAUUGGCCCCACCAAGCAGUGGUGGAGGGUAUUCUUGGAGACUAGGCUCGUUGGAUCACCUCCGCUUACUUCGGAGGACUUUUCGAUAGUCUUGUUAGAGAAGUGGGUCCCUUUCAGCUUGCUUGAGGGGAGGCGUGAGAGGUUUGACCAUUUUGAGCAGGUAUCUAUGAGUGUUACUCAGUACGAGAUGGAGAUUUAUGCCUUGUCCUGUCAUGCCUUGACUAUUCUACCUGAUGAGGCAGAGAGGAUCCACAAGUUCAUUCGAGGUUUAUCGUAUCAUCUCAAGGUUGUUGCUAUGUUUAUUGCCUCUUCAAGCAAGGACUUUCAGGGUGUUGUUGAUGCUGUUCGGGGUAUGGAUACCCUUAGGUACUAAGAGUUUGGGGAUAGGUCUGGGAAGAGGCCUCAUUCUUCGGGAGGUUUUAAAGGUUCCUUUUCUAGAGGUCGUGAUCACCAUAGUAGAGGCCAUCGUCCUCACUUCAGUCGGCCAGUCAAGGCAGCUAUCCAACCUUCUCAGGGUGGUAUUUCGGGUCGUAGUUGUGGAUAUAGUUCAGGGCAGAGCUCUCAGUCGUGAUAUUCUCGGCCAGAUAGUCGUGGUGGUUAUUCCUAUUUUUGUCCUCAGCUAGUGGCCUCUGGUGGAUGUUUUGAGUGUGGUCAGGUGGGCACUCUGCCAGAGAUUUCCCCAGAGCUCGACAGGGUGGUUCACACCCCAGUUCUCAGGUUUUUACUCCGAGGCCAGCUAGUCAUCCAUUGAGAGGUGGUUCCCAGAGUGGUAGAGGGAGUUCUCAUUCGGGUAGAGGUGGCACUCAAACCGGCAGACAUCCAUCGAGAGGUGGUUCCCAGAGUGGUAGAGGGAGUUCUCAUUCGGGUAGAGGUGGCACUCAAACCGGCAGUCAUCCAUCGAGAGGUGGUUCCCAGAGUGUUAGAGGGAGUUUUUAUUCGGGUAAAGGUGGCACUCAACAGGCCGCGGAGGUGUUCAUGGGGGUUCCCACUCUAGUGGUGGUGGAGCCCAGUGUUAUGCAUUUUCGGGUAGACCCGAGGGAGAGGCCUCAGAUGCUGUGAUUGCAUGUACUAUUUUUGCUUUUCAUCGGUCUGCUAUUGUCUUAUUUGAUCCGGGUUCUACUUAUUCAUAUGUGUCUACUUAUUUUGCAUCGAGUCUAGAUAUGAUGUGUGAGUCUCUUGAUGUUCCAGUUUAUGUUUCUACUCUGGUGGGAGGGUCUGUAGUGGUGGAUCGGGUGUACCGAUCUUGUAUAGUCACCAUGAUGGGUUUUGAGACUUGGGUUGAUUUGAUGAUUCUUGAUAUAGCGAACUUUGAUGUUAUUUUGGGCAUGAGUUGGUUAUCCCCA